GCGGAUGGUAGGGGUAGGGUACCAGACAUCUCUAGCACUCACAUGGACUUCUACAGAGGGAUCUUUGUAGCCUGGGCUCUCAGCCUCCUACCAGGAUUCUGUGACACCUUCAAUAUUGACACCAAAAGGCCCCGAAUCAUACCAGGCUCUAAAGAAGCGUACUUUGGCUACACAGUGCAGCAGCAUGAAAUCGCUGGGAAGAAAUGGCUGGUGGUGGGAGCCCCUUAUGAAACCAAUGGACAGCUGAAGACUGGAGAUGUCUACAAGUGUCCGGUGAAUGGCGAGACUAAUGGAAACUGCACCAAACUCAACCUAGGAAGAGUAACACUCUCCAAUGUGUCAGAGCGCAAAGAUAACAUGCGUCUUGGCCUGAGUCUGACCACAAACCCCAAGGACAAGAGCUUUCUGGCUUGCAGCCCUCUCUGGUCCCAUGAGUGCGGAAGCUCUUACUAUACCACAGGAAUGUGCUCCCGGGUGAACUCCAACUUCAGAUUCUCAAAGACCAUAGCUCCUGCUCUCCAGAGAUGCCAAACGUACAUGGACAUAAUCAUCGUUCUGGAUGGAUCAAACAGCAUAUAUCCCUGGGUUGAAGUGCAACAUUUCCUGAUAAACAUCUUGAAAAAGUUUUACAUUGGGCCUGGUCAGAUACAGGUUGGAGUUGUUCAGUAUGGAGAAGAUGUCGUGCAUGAAUUUCAUUUAAAUGACUACAGGUCUGUAAAAGAUGUGGUGGAAGCUGCUAGUCACAUAGAGCAGAGAGGAGGUACAGAAACCAGGACAGCAUACGGGAUAGAAUUUGCUCGCUCAGAAGCCUUUCAGAAAGGUGGGCGAAAGGGAGCAAAGAAAGUGAUGAUUGUAAUAACCGAUGGGGAAUCCCAUGACAGCCCGGACCUGGAGAAGGUGAUUGAAAACAGUGAGAAGGACAAUGUCACCAGAUAUGCUGUGGCAGUUCUGGGGUAUUAUAAUAGAAGAGGAAUCAAUCCAGCAGCAUUUUUGAAAGAAAUAAAAUUUAUAGCAAGUGAUCCAGAUGACAAGCACUUCUUUAAUGUCACAGAUGAAGCGGCACUGAAGGAUAUUGUGGAUGCACUGGGAGAGAGGAUAUUUAGUUUGGAAGGUACCAACAAAAAUGAAAUCUCCUUUGGACUUGAAAUGUCCCAGACUGGAUUUUCAUCACACAUUGUGGAAGAUGGGAUUUUGCUUGGGGCCGUAGGAGCGUAUGACUGGAAUGGAGCAGUGCUCAAAGAAACCAGCAGUGGAAAAGUCAUUCCUCAUAGGGAAUCGUAUCUCCAGGAAUUCCCGGAGGAGCUGAAGAACCAUGGAGCAUACCUAGGUUACACCGUCACCUCAGUGAUGUCUCCAAAGCAUGGAAGGAUUUAUGUAGCAGGAGCUCCCAGGUUCAACCACAGUGGGAAAGCAAUUAUCUUUACAAUGCACAGCAACAGAAACCUAACUAUUCACCAGUCUUUGAAAGGAGAACAGAUUGGCUCCUACUUUGGAAGUGAAAUAAAUUCCAUCGACAUUAAUGGAGACGGGAUGACAGAUAUUUUGUUGGUUGGUGCCCCCAUGUACUUCAGCGAAGGCAGAGAGAGGGGGAAGGUGUACGUCUACGUUCUAAAAGAGGACCGGUUUGUUUUCAACGGAGCUCUGAAAGAUUUGCAGAGCUACCAGAAUUCUAGAUUUGGCUCUUGCAUUGCCUCUGUCCGCGAUCUGAAUCAAGACUCCUACAACGAUGUUGUCAUUGGUGCUCCUUUGGAAGAUGACCACCAAGGAGCAAUAUAUAUCUUCCAUGGCUUCAAAGAAAACCUCCUGAAGAUGUAUAAACAGAGAAUAGCAGCUGCAGACCUUCUUCCAGGCCUGAUGUAUUUUGGAUGCAGUAUCCAUGGACAACUAGAUCUAAAUGAAGAUGGCCUCAUAGACCUAGCAGUUGGCUCUCUCGGAAGUGCUGUGCUCUUAUGGUCCCGCAGUGUUGUCCAGGUCAAUGCCAGCAUUAGGUUUGAACCAUCCAAAAUCAACAUCUUUAACAAAGACUGCAAGCGAAAUGGGAAGGAUGCCACCUGCAUGUCUGCAUUUGUUUGCUUCACUCCAGUCUUCCUCUCCACUCAUUUUCAGACAGCAAGUGUGGGAUUAAAAUACAAUGCAACCAUUGACGAGCGACGGUACACGCCACGGGCUCAUCUGGAUGAAAAUAGCGACCGGCACAUUCAUAGGCUGGUCACAUUGUCUGCAGGACAAGAACACUGUGACAAGCUCAAUUUUCAUGUCUUGGACACAGCAGACUAUGUGAAGCCUGUGACAUUUUCAGUCGAAUAUGGGCUGGAGAAUCCCGACUAUGGUCCCAUGAUGGAUGAUGGCUGGCCAACUGCAUUUAAAGUCUCUGUGCCUUUCUGGAAUGGAUGCAAUGAGGAUGAACACUGUGUCCCUGAUCUGGUCCUUGAUGCUAAAAAUGAUAUUCCAACUGCCACGGAGUAUUGCAGAAGAAUACUGAGAAAGUCACCGUCGGAUUGCGCCGCCUACACACUAUCUUUUGAUACCUCCGUUUUUAUCAUAGAGAGCACGAGGAGGAGGGUGGCUGUAGAAGCUACACUGGAGAACAAAGGUGAAAAUGCAUACAGCACUGUCCUAAACAUUUCCUUCUCGAGAAAUCUGCAGUUUGCUAGCUUGAUUCAGAAGGAUGAUACAGAUGUCAAUAUUGAAUGCAUGAAUGAAGAAAAGCGCCCCAACAAGAAGGUGUGCAAUGUUAGCUACCCCUUCUUCCGAGCCAAAGCAAAGGUGGCUUUUCGCCUGGAUUUCGAAUUCAGCAAAUCUAUUUUUCUUCAAAGCAUGGAGAUCUAUCUAACUGCCAACAGUGACAGCGAAGAACAAGAAAGUACGAAAGAGGAUAAUGCGGCUCUCCUGAAUUUUCAUCUGAAAUACGAAGCCGACCUCCUUUUCACCAGGAGUUCAAGUCUGGACUAUUAUGAAAUCAAGUCAAACAGCUCCCUGGAGAGGUACGACAGCAUCGGCCCUCCCUUUAAUUGCACAUUUAAGCUGCACAAUCUGGGGUUCUUUCCUGUCGACGGCGUGACUAUCAAAAUCACACUCCCAGUAGCCACAAGAGGAGGGAAUCGCCUUCUGCUGCUGACUGAUUUCGUUGUGGAUCAGGAAAACACGACGUGUAAUAUCUGGGGAAACAACACUGAUUACAGAAGGACACCUGCUGAGGAGGACCUUUCCCGUAACCUACAACUGAACCACAGUAACUCUGACGUCGUGUCCAUUGACUGUAAUGUGAAAUUAGCAUCCAAUGAAGAAAUCAACUUUCACUUACGUGGCAAUCUGUGGCUAGAGUCACUGAAAGCACUGAAGUUCAGGUCCCUGAAGCUCACGACGAAUGCAGCUCUGCAGCGACAGUUUCACAGCCCCUUCAUCUUUCGGGAAGAGGACCCCAGUCGGCAGGUAACGUUUGAAAUCUCCAAGCAAGAAGAGUCCAAGAUCCCGAUCUGGAUCAUCCUCGGCAGCACGCUCGGAGGGCUCCUGCUGCUCGCGCUGCUUGUCCUGGCUCUGUGGAAGCUUACGGAGUAUAUGUUUGUCUUGAUGCCGAGAGAUGUGGGUGUGGAACUCCGUUUGCAUCGAGAUGAGAAUACACCCCUUUGUGUGAAAUUAUCUAAGCAAAACCUAUUCGCUGGCUAUAUGCCACGGGAGCACAAGCAUCAAAAGGUACUUCAAACUGGUUUUAAAUAGCUCUAUUCUGCCUAGUCACAGGCAGCUGUGCAAAUCUGAGAGAGAGAGAGAACUAAGGGCAAUAACAGAAAGGGGUGGUCAUUAUGAUUAAUUUUUUCAUGCUGGGGAUUGCAUGUUUAAUGACAUGCUACAGAUCUAAAAAACAAGCCAGUCAGAUUGUGAGAGAUGUGAGAUUAGGGUGAAAUCUCAGGAGAUUUACAGUAGCUAAUUUUCAUGCCUGAGUUGUAUAAAAUCCCACUGAUUAAUUGCACCUCCUGUUCUUGAACUUCUUAAUCGGCCUUAUGGAUGGGAUCUGAGAGACUUUCUAGCUAAAAGACAUAGAAAGUCUAGUUCCCACCUGUUAAACUGUAGCAACAGUAAACCUGCAUUUAUUGUUUGUUCAUUUAAUGGCCUCACGCACUGUGGAUAAUGUCUGUUCAAAAUGUAGUGUUCAAAAAGAGUUGGAGGGGAUGGACCUUGUGCAGAGCACUCUUUUGCUGCUGCUACUGCUACUAAACAGUACUUCUGAGAUAUCUCAUAGUAAAGGUUAACAUCUGGAUUAUUCAAACAAGGCGGACGUGUCAGUAAAAUGCCAAAUGUGAAUUCUCCAAGUGCAUGAUUUGCCUGAGGAAAUAAGAUUUCUC